GCGUGGAGAUCGUGGAGGACGACGUGGAAGACGGAGAGCUGGAGGAUGAAGUGGAGUUCGUGCCGCCUGAAGAAUUGACCCAAAAGAGGUCGAACCUGCCGCCAAAAAUGAGGAAAUUGUAACAAACAAUGUCAGUCAGCAUACCACGCAAGACGAUGGGGAUAACCUGGUUUUCGAGGUGAGAUUCGGCAAUGAGGAGCACUUCGCCAGUCUGCAGAAGCAAAUGCUGGAGGUUUUGGAACACACUUAUGCGGAAAAGGAAUUGGAUUUCAGGGUUAAUCAAGAAGAACUGGUAAUAGCUGCCUUUGAGAGGAGUGAAGAUGCUGCGGACACUGAGGAUCUCUUCAUGAUCGACACUCAGCCGGUGGCCAAGCUAAAUGCCUCCCAAGUUCCCUCCUACAAACGCUGCAAUUCAGACAUCCUGGACGAGCAGACGGAGGCGCGGAAGAAACUCAAGGCCGAGGCGGUCAACAAGUGCUUCCGGCCCAAGGCGCAAUCCUCGUGCUUCAAUUGCGGCGACACAGAUCACUCUCUGCGCGAGUGUCCCAAACCCAGAAACAAUGCCAAGAUAAUGCGGGCCCGCCAAAAGAACAGCCACCGCAUGGAGCGGUAUCACGUGGACGCAGAGCAGCGCUUCGGUCACAUACGCCCGGGGAAGAUCAGCACCAAAACGCGCCAUGCCAUGGGCUACAGUCGCGUCCAGUUGCCAUUCAUGUUCUACCGCCUCAGGGUGCUGGGCUAUCCGCCCGCCUGGCUGGAGGACGCCAAGGUCCAGGGCUCGGGCAUAGCCCUGUUUAAUGCAGAUGGCACCGAGGUCAUCAAAUCCGACGACGAAGAUGGAGAGUCUGACACCUUUAAGUUCGACAUCAACAAAAUAGUCGAGUUUCCUGGCUUCAAUGUCCAGCCCGCUGAAAAGUUUUUCGAUGACUUUAAACACCACAAUGUACCGCCAUUUCAAGAGAGCCAAUCCAAGGCGAACUUUAUCAAAUUGCUGGGCGAAAACGUGACCAACGGUUACAAGCGCAAGAAGCUGGUGGAUCUGCCAGCGCCCCACGACCAAGAGCCCGUUCCCAGCGAGAAGCAGACCAGCUUCGGUGACUGCGACAUGGAGCUGGUGGACGAGGCCGAGGAUCCACCGCUGCCACCAUCAACGCCUCCGCCACCACCACCCCCGCCAUUGGAAGAUGAGCAGGAGGCACGCUCGCCAUCACCAAGUCUAGAUGAUUUGAGGGCUCAGCAGGAGAAGCUUUUGCAGCAAUUGGAGUGCAACACCUCACUGAACACGACGGCAAACGAUUCUAUAUCACAGACUGACCUGGAUGACACCUCUGAGGUGGCCGAGCCUGCAGUGAAGUCCCAAGAGAUGGAACAAACGCAAUCAGCUCCUGCGACGCCCUUCAAGGCUUCCUAUGAGGGAACGCCCUUGCUGAAAUUCUCCGUUUACGACAAGUUGCCCGUGGGCAGCAACUUCAAGGUGGGCGUCAGCGAUGUCAUUAACUUUGAGAACCUGCCCGACUCCACCGGGAAAUACGAACAAAUGAAGGGUCUGCUGAAGAACGUGCGCGAAAAGAUGGUUAAACUGCAAAAUGAGAACUGACAAGCCCAUGGACAAACAUAUGCAAACCACAUCUCAUCCCGCCCACCAAUUGUACAAUAUUUUAAAUGUUUUAAAGCCUCUUGUAAAAACCAAAUAGACAACAGAAACAUGUUUUCCAAAGUCUAUUUUUAAAAAUUUCCAAAUAUGUUAGUUAAUAA